AUGAUACUUUCAAUUACUAGGAAUAUCUUUAUUAAAAAUAAAUCAAAUAGCAAAUUUGUUAACAUGAUAAAUUUAAUGUAUCAAAGGAAUUUUGGAGGAGUUAAAUUUUUAGAUACUAAUAGAACAGCAGAAGAAACUGUUUAUUUUAAAAAAGAAGAUGAAGCAUUAUUAAGAAAUUUACUUAAAAAUAAUCCUAAUCUUAACCCCGAUUAUGAAUUAACUGAUGUCGAAAGUGGAGUAGGGAAUUUAUCAAAUGAUUUAUCUCUGGUUUUUUCAAAACAUGGAGUAAAAGGAGUAAAUAAUAAUCUUAUAAGAGAUUUGAUUAAAGUAUUUGAAUUAAAUGGAUAUAGGAAGAUGUUAGAUCAGUAG